CAAAAUAUUCUACCAUACCGGAAAUGCACCUUCCCAAACAUUGUUGUGUAGCUAGCGUUAGCCUAGCUACUUGCCUUGAGUGGGGCUCUGUCAUGAAUGAAGUCGAAGCCUUAUUCCAUCAGAAGGAAACUUGUAAACUGUCUGAGGCAAGGCUGUUUCACUUUCAACUAUGUGGCCUGAGAAGUCAGGCCCUGGAUGCUCUCAUCAGUAGUGCUGAAGAUUGGACACAAUGGCACUCUAAAGGACACUAACAAAAAGGCAGCAUGUCUUCAGGUCAUCGGCUGCGAGAUGUAGAGCAACAGCACCCCCUGCUGGACAGGGAGGAGGCUGCAGCGGGUUCCGCAGUAGGGGAGGCGGAACGGGUGUGGUUCAUCCAGGACGGCUGUGGCAUGGUCUGUGCCUUCAUCACCUGGUUCCUGGUGCUCUACGCCGACUUUGUGGUCACCUUUGUCAUGCUGCUGCCCUCCAAGAGCUUCUGGUACGCUGUGGUCAACGGCGUGGUCUUCAACUGCCUGGCCGUGCUGGCACUCAGCUCGCACCUGCGCACCAUGCUCACCGACCCGGGAGCUGUGCCCAAAGGCAACGCCACCAAGAAAUACAUGGAGAGCCUGAAGCUGAAACCAGGAGAAGUCAUCUAUAAGUGUCCCAAAUGCUGCAGCAUCAAACCUGAGAGAGCCCACCACUGCAGUAUUUGCAAGCGCUGCAUCCGUAAGAUGGAUCACCACUGUCCAUGGGUAAACAACUGUGUCGGAGAGAACAACCAGCGCUUCUUUGUCCUCUUCACUAUGUAUAUAGCGAUGAUCUCCACCCACGCUCUCACUCUGAGUGGGUACCAGUUCGUAACCUGUGUCAAAGUCCAGUGGAGUGAGUGCAGUGACUUUUCCCCUCCGGUGACGGUGAUGCUGAUGAUCUUCCUCUGCCUUGAGGGCCUCCUCUUCCUCAGCUUCACAGCUAUCAUGUUUGGCACUCAGGUCCACUCCAUCUGCAAUGAUGAGACAGAGAUUGAGCGUCUGAAGAAUGAGAAGCCCACUUGGGAGAGGCAAGUUCGCUGGGAGGGCAUGAGGAGCGUGUUUGGUGGCCAGCCGUCACUGUUGUGGAUCAACCCGUUUGCCGGUCUCCGACUGCGCCGGCUACUCACCACUAGCUCCAGGAAAGCCGGCGCCGAGUUCUCAGUCUGACCUCUCACAUUAUGAGCAGCUUCGUUAAGAAACUGUCUGGAACAAUCUUUGGAACCGGUCUCUGACACCAGGGUCCUGUUCAUUUAGGCAUCAAACGGAAGAAAACGGAUUGAAACAGGAAAGGGACUAUGCGGACUUGUCCAAUAAGAAACGUACAUUCUUGUUUUAUUUUUGCUAAAUAUUUUCCAUUGCGUGCCCUAAUGAACACGAGCCCGGCUACCAGGAAGACUCAAGUUCUAUACAACCGCAUGGACAAUGGUGCUUCUGAACGUCACGUCUCCCCGUAGCUGACAUGGAGCAGGAAUCAAAAGAUCAAGAGACCCAUCGAAAACUGUUGAAAGAUCAAAUGAAAGUGCGCUGUCGUCCUAAAACGGACUGAAACACAACAUACUACACAGUAAACAUUUCCUAAAUUGCCGCCUAAAGGGAGGAUCCACUAGUAUCUCAGAGGACUGUUCUGUUGUUUAGUUAUUGACUUCCUUUUAAAGACACUAGUUGUUUUCUGCUCUUCCUCACUCCUGGGGGGGGGGGGGGGGCGUGAGUAAAGCCUAAUUUAUACCUCACGAUACAUACAAGAACUCAAUUAGCUACUCAAAAUGACAAUCUUGUACUUGUAUCGAGUUACAAAUUGCUGGACCUGCACACGUCUGCGUAUUUUGGCUACGGAACUAUGUAGGGUCGCCGUUUUACGUAGCUAAUUGGAGAUUUUGCAUCCUGUAUGUAGGGUAUAAAUUAGGUUUAAGUGUCCUUCCCUGGCCAUAGAUAGCUGCACCUCUGGAAAAACAAUGCGCUGGAAUUGGUGUUAACCACUACUAUAACCAUAUCAUACUUUUUUUUAAUGAAAACAGUAUAUUGCUGGAUAUAUUGCUGGUGAAUCCUGUUGUUUUUGCAUACCAAAAAAAAAGUGUUUUUUACCACUUGUAGGAGUUCGAUGAGUUGGGGUGGGGAAUGAGGCAUAUGAAAUAUGAAUAAUUAAUGCCAGCAAGAUGGUAGAGAACUACUAUAAUCAGCAGUUUGGAUUCUGCAUGAGGCAAUCACGUCAACUUUUACUAAUGUGUCUGACAUUUGCUGUGAAGUUGACCAUUUUUAAAGGCAUAGGAACUGGAUUCAUUAGCCAAAAGUUAGCAUCAUGGUUAUUUUUAAUAGGUAGUAAGAAUGCUAUGAUAAUUUAACUGUACUCUAAUUUAAAGGUAAACUCAGUGUUGCACGACGUUAACAGCAAUAUUGGGCCCAUUUCCGCAACAACUAAGAGCGUUGAAGCGCGGGGCUAAACUUUUCUGUUGUUGUGGUGCCGUCGUAGCUACCACUUUAGCAGCGUGAAGCACACCCGUGCCUAUUGGCAGAUACUCUGUGUGUCUCUGAGAGCCAAGUCUUUCAUCUCAGUGUCUUCGGUGCUGGUCGUGGCAACGUCAUAACGCUGAGUCUACCUUUUUUUUUUUUUAAAUGGUAAUUUGUGUGUAAUGGACUAUAUGACUCCAGCAGAGUCGAUGAUUAUCUCAAACAGUCAAAUGCUUACAUGGCACUGUAUGGUAUUUACUUUAUCAAGUCGAAAUACAGUACUGUACACAACCUUAUGAGCUUUCACACAAAAGUAUGUGCAUGUGCUUCCCUCAAGUACUCCAUGCUAUACACUCCUAUGUUAUACUCUCCUAUGUAUACAGGGGAAGUUCCUAUCAUACUGAUCUUAAAAUAAUUCUGAUGAACCGUUAUGAUUUUUUUCAUUUGACAUUUGAUGGACUGGAUAAAGUAAUGUAGGAGGACUUGGCUGUUUUUUUAAAAUGCUCUUGUUAUGAGAUUAUACAGUAUGUUAUGUACUUCUGUUUUGAAGCCUUUCAUGCUAACUUUUUCCCUGGCUCCCGUUUAAAUGAACUUCAUUUCUA